AUGAAUAAUUCUACGGGCUGUUUGGCCAAUGCAACAGUUUGCAAUGGUUCAUCUUGUGUGGUAGCUGACAGCAAUUUCAAUACCAUUCUGAGUGUGGUCCUGAGUACUGUGCUGACCAUCCUGCUGGCCUUGGUGAUGUUCUCCAUGGGAUGCAAUGUGGAAAUCAAGAAAUUCCUAGGACACAUCAAGCGGCCGUGGGGCAUCUGUGUGGGCUUCCUCUGUCAGUUUGGAAUCAUGCCCCUCACGGGAUUCAUCCUGUCGGUGGCCUUUGACGUCCUCCCCGUCCAGGCUGUGGUGGUUCUCAUCAUGGGCUGCUGCCCUGGAGGCACCACCUCCAAUAUCUUGGCCUAUUGGGUUGAUGGUGACAUGGACCUGAGCGUCAGCAUGACCACAUGUUCCACCCUGCUCGCCCUGGGAAUGAUGCCGCUGUGCCUCCUCAUCUAUACCAAAAUGUGGGUCGACUCUGGGACCAUAGUAAUUCCCUAUGAUAGCAUAGGUACUUCUUUGGUUGCUCUCGUUGUUCCUGUUGCCUGUGGUAUGUUUGUUAAUUACAAAUGGCCCCAAAAAGCGAAGAUCAUACUUAAAGUUGGGUCCAUUGCAGGUGCAGUCCUCAUUGUGCUCAUAGCUGUGGUUGGAGGAAUAUUGUACCAAGGUGCCUGGAUCAUCGCUCCCAAACUGUGGAUUAUAGGGACAAUAUUUCCUGUGGCCGGGUAUAGCCUGGGGUUUCUCCUGGCUAGAAUAGCUGGUCAGCCCUGGUACAGGUGCCGAACAGUCGCCUUUGAAACAGGCAUGCAGAACACUCAGCUGUGCUCCACCAUCGUGCAGCUCUCCUUCACCACCGAGGAGCUCAACCUCGUCUUCACCUUCCCGCUCAUCUACAGCAUUUUCCAGCUCGUCUUCGCAGCGAUAUUCUUGGGCUGUUAUUUCGCAUACAAGAAAUGUCGUGGAGAAAAUAAUGCAGAAUUUCUACAAAGCAAAGACACCAAAACAGAGUCCGAGACAUCAAUUUAUAAGAUGAAUGGAUGAUUUCAACCAGAUGAAAAGUGGACACCAAGCAGACAAAACAGAAGAGUUCUAAAGAACAUUC